CUGUCCGCCCUUACCUCCGGACUCUCCGCGACGCCUCUGCCCGCUCCCUACAGCCUGGGGCCGAAAGGCCCAGAUACACCCCGGGGAUCGCGCCCACACGGCCCCUCCAUUUUUUCGGGGGUGACUUAAAAUUCCAACCGGGUUGUCUUUGGUGAAGCUGUCCUUUUCAAUUCUAUUCGACUUGUAGGUUCGCCCUCCCAGGUUCCCAUCUUUUUGGAGGGCGGAAAUGGCCAAUUCGGGCCUGCAAUUGUUGGGCUUUUCAAUGGCCUUGCUGGGCUGGGUGGGCCUGGUGGCAUGCACCGCCAUCCCGCAGUGGCAGAUGAGCUCGUACGCGGGCGACAACAUCAUCACCGCCCAGGCCAUGUACAAGGGGUUGUGGAUGGACUGCGUCACGCAGAGCACAGGCUUGAUGAGCUGCAAGAUGUUCGACUCGGUGCUCGCACUGCCGGCGGCCCUACAGGCCACUCGGGCCCUCAUGGUGGUGUCCCUGGUGCUGGGUUUCCUGGCCAUGUUUGUGGCCACGAUGGGCAUGAAGUGCACGCGUUGUGGGGGAGACGACAAAGUGAAGAAGGCCCGGAUAGCCAUGACUGGAGGCAUCAUUUUCAUCGUGGCUGGUCUUGCCUCUUUGAUAGCAUGCUCCUGGUAUGGUCAUCAGAUUAUCACAGACUUCUAUAACCCCUUGACCCCCAUGAAUGCUAAAUAUGAGUUUGGUUCUGCCAUCUUUAUUGGUUGGGCAGGGUCUGCUCUGGUCCUCCUAGGAGGUGCGCUGCUGUCUUGCUCCUGUCCUGGGAGUGAAAGCAAAGCUGUGUAUCGGGCACCCCAUUCCUACCCCAAGUCCAACUCUGCCAAAGAAUAUGUGUAACUCGACACCCUUAUGCCCCAGUCUGAUGGGCUGUGGGUGUGUCCAGAUGAUUCAGAAACCUAGGGCAGAGGACUCAGCCUGUGAGCAAGGUGUGAGACAAAGGCUCCCUGGCCACUCCAUCCAUGCAUACCGUGUACAGUUCUCUGGGAAGGGGGGGGGGGAAGAGACAAAAAGGGGAGCAUGUGCUUUUUGUACAGUAAUAAAAACUACAUUUUAGAAAGCAGGUUUUUUUUUUUCUUUCUAUGCCUCUUGCUUUCUUUCCACAUAAGUUGUGCCUACUUCAGUUCAGUGAAGCUACAGAGCACGAUGGUGCCAGGCCAUACAGUCCAUUUUCAUUGUUUAGGCUUAAUACCUCAAACGUCUGGCUUCCUUCAUUCCCAACCCACCACUGUUUUAAAUAACUACCAAAGAGUUGCAUUAAAAAAACAAAAAAAGAGGUAGCCAGACGCCG